AUGUCUACUCCAUCAGGUCACGUCUCAGAUAAAAUUUCCUCCGAAGUUGAGGCUGGCCAUUGUCACAAAGAUAGGCCAGAGAGCAAAGGCAACGUUUCGACCGGUGAUAUAGCCGAAGGCAUUGCUGUCGACGAACGUACCCUCUUUGAGCGCAAGGCAGCUCUGGUCAACUCUGAAAUCGACAAAUUCGGUUUUGGAAAAUACCAGUUGUGCCUUUGGAUCCUAUGCGGCUUGGGCUACUUCACAGAUUUAGCCUGGGCUCAGGGUGUUGGCCUGAUGGCCACAGCUGUGUUCCAGGAGAUGGGCGUUCCAGCAGACAAGCAGGGUCUGAUAUUUACCUGCUCCAAUGCAGGUCUUGCUAUUGGAGCCUUUGGAGUUGGUAUCCUCACUGAUAUCAUUGGCCGAAAAUGGGCCUUCCAAUUGACAUGUCUAAUCACAUCAGUUUUUGGCAUGCUCUUGGCCGCGAGCAAAUACAAUUAUCAGGCGGUGUGCGGAAUUUAUUUUCUUUCCUGCAUUGGUCUAGGUGGAAACAUUCCUAUUGACGCAACUAUCGCGCUCGAAUUCUUGCCGCAGAACCGCCGCUAUCUCGUUUCUCUUUUGGGGAUGUGGCAACCAAUUGGUGUCGUCGUUGCGUCCGCUAUCGCCUAUGGCACUGCCGCCAAGUACCGAUGCGAUGUGAGAUUACCUGCCUGCAACAACGUUGCUGCUGAGGAGGAAUGCUGCACCGUCUCGAGCAACAUGGGCUGGAGGUACAUGGUGAUUGUUAUCGGUGCUAUGACCCUCACUCUGUUCUUUGCUCGGUAUGCCGUCUUCCGGUUUCACGAGUCACCCAAAUUCCUCGUGAGCAAAGGCCGCGAGCAGGACGCCAUCGAUGUUCUCCAUAAGAUUGCCAGGUUCAACGGUGCCGAAGCGCCUAAUUUGACUGUUGAGGACUUCCAGCAGAUUGAAAUCGAAGCAGGUGUCACAACGGACAAUCAGAAGUCCAAAAAUACAAGCGCCAAGGGUGUUGUCGUGAACACACUCAAGAGCCUGGGCUUCCUCCGUGGUCUCUUUCGCAGUAAGCAGCAGUGCUUUAGCUUUGUUCUUCUCGCCCUUGCGUACAUGGGCAAUUAUUGGUCGUUCAACUUGGCUGGAUACUUCCUUCCCAUUGUUCUGCUCAACAACAACGUGGACAGCGGUAGCAACAAUGUGAGCGACACUUACCGCGAGUAUGUGUAUAUUUAUCUUCCCGGCGUGAUCGGCGCUGUUCUUGCCCUUGUAUCCGUGCAGAUGCCCUUGCUCGGUCGAAAGUGGUCGCUGGUAAUCUCAGCUGCCUUUCAAGGUUUGGCUAUGGCCAUGUACACCAAGGUCGAGAACUCUGCGGGGUACGUUGGACUCAACGCUUUCGAGUACAUUAUGCAGAGUUAUUUCAAUGCAGUGCUGUACUCAGCCUCGCCCGAGAUGUUUGAUACAACGUAUCGAGCGAGUGCGUCAGGCAUGCUGUCUAGCCUGGGCCGUAUCGCUGGUAUCGUUGCACCCUUCGCCGGUCAGAAGUACAUUGCACAAGGUCGUGCUGGUGUUCUCUGGCUGGGUGCAGGUGGUAUCUGGGUCUCUUCGUUUCUCUUGUGCUUCCUCCCAAUUGAGAUGAGAAACAAGCAGAUGUACUAG